CAUUGAGCAUAGCUCAAAAGCUGCUGUUCGAGUAUCAGUGAAAGGAAAACUCUGGAUUGUCUUCGCUUGCUAUACUGUGAUUUCUGCAGGGUGCCAUCACGGCAGGAUAUCUGUCCAGAGAAGGGCAUUGCAUACUGGGUUAGGAGCUAGGUGUGGACCCCUCUCCCAGACCCUCCAGAUUCCUAUAUUUGAGUCAUUUAAAAAAACAAUGGUUACCCAGGCAACGGGGUUGACAUCUGCCAUUUCCACAGUAACCGAGGAAUUCUACAUCACGGAGACCAUUAGGGACCGUUAUUGUGCCAUGGCCUCUAAGUCACAUCCUCCUCUAAUGAAGAAACACAGUCAGUCAGAUCUGGUGAGCCGGCUGAAGACCAGGAAGAUACUGGGGGUCGGAGGAGAGGACGACGAUGGAGAGGUGCAUAGGUCAAAGCUCAGUCAGAUGCUGGGGAAUGACAUCAAGUAUCAGGUGCGAGAGCCUGUUGGUCUAAGGCUCUGGAUCGCCAUCUCUGCGUUUGCCUUCACAGUUAUGGCCUUGAUGGCCCUGGUGUGUCCCAACCAGCUCUACGAGGUGGUGUUUGAAGAGGAGAUCAGCAACACCAGCAUCUCCAUCAGGCUCUAUGGAGGAGCACUACUCAGUCUGUCCCUCAUCUUGUGGAAUGGAGUGUAUACACAGGAGAAGGUCAUCAUUCAAUGGAUUAAACUAUAACCCAUGACCUCUGACCCCCCCCCCAGGUCUGUCCCUCAUCUUGUGGAAUGGAGUGUAUACACAGGAGAAGGUCAUCAUUCAAUGGAUUAAACUAUAACCCAUGACCUCUGACCCCCCCCCCCCCAGGUCUGUCCCUCAUCUUGUGGAAUGGAGUGUAUACACAGGAGAAGGUCAUCAUUCAAUGGAUUAAACUAUAACCCAUGACCUCU